CUUACAGCAUUUGCAGAUUGCAAAGCGAAAAUACAAAAUGUAUUUUAUUCUAAUAUUUAUCAUACUCGGAACAUUGCAUGGAUCUAUUAAAGCUGAGACCGUCGAGGAGUUGCAAGCACGUUUGCAUGCAUUGGAGCAGGAAAAUAACAGACUAAAGACAGAGAAUGUGAAGCUUGAAUCUGCAGCAGCCGAAAGCGCCAAAAAGAAUAAGGAGAUCGAAUCUUUGGAGAAAGCGAAAGACGCUUGCUCUAAUCCCAAAUCAACGAAUGUGGACGACGGACUAGCUCUGGCCAUAUAUUUGCGCACACAUUAUAGGAAACUUAGAACCGAAUCGGGUUACAAACGGCUGAUACAAUGCACGCACAGCUUGAGCUCUCCGGCAAUGCAUAGCUGUGUACCGUUCAAAGAGUUUACGGGCAUUAAGAUUAUUGCGCUGCCCGGCGAGAAACCGUUUAGCGUGUGGUGCGAUAGCACCACAGCUGGCUCCGGCUGGCUGGUCAUCCAGAACCGAUUCGAUGGAUCCGAAAAUUUCGCUAGGACUUGGGCUGAAUACCGAGACGGGUUCGGGCAACUGGAUAAGGAGUUCUUUCUGGGCCUGGAGCAUAUCUACAAACUGACCAACUAUCAGAGGUUCGAGCUGUUUGUGGAAGCCGUGGCCUACAACGGUAAAGUUGACUGGGCCCGCUACGAUGAUUUUCUCAUAGGCAACGAGGAUGAGUCCUACAUGCUGAAGCGCGUCGGCAGCUAUGCGGGCACGGCAGAUGUCUUAUCUAGAAACGUGUACAGCAAAUUCUCCACCUUCGACAUGGAAAGCAAUCCCAACAAUUAUUCCCACGUCUAUCACGGCGGCUAUUGGUAUAUUAUCAACUCGUUGCAAAGCAGCAAUCUUAACGGCGAAUAUCUUAGAAGUCCCACACAUUCUAAAUUUGGCAUGCAUUGGGCCACAGGCGAGAGUGAGAAAGCUGUCAAAAUGAUGAUUCGCCCACAGUUUGCAUGA